CAAUACUGUAUGUACUCCAGCGAGUUCUACUCUGGUUUAUUUUACUACUGUGCAACUGCCACCAACACACUCACCUUCCCUCCAUCUCAUCUCUGAUCUGCCCCUCUGCCUCCAGCUCCCCCUCCUCCACCUGCUCUCUGUGUGCACAGGUGGUGUUUUGGCAAUGACACCCUCAUGGUGACAUCACCACCAAGGGACUCCUCCUCUUUCCUCGCUUUUCGGCCUCUGAGGUAUAAAGGACUUGUGUUUCCGUGGCAUCAUCUCUUAGUUACACUCUGUCCUCUCACAGGAGCUCACACUUUUCAAGUACACUGCCGCGCACAGCAGCACACUGACACAGGAGACACCUCCUGACUGGGAUCUCCAAAUCUGCAGAGUGACUUUCGAUACUUUGUUUAUAUCGAGCAAAGACAUGUCGAUGGGGAUGGAGCUUGUGGGCAUUGUCCUGGGAGUGAUUGGAUUUGUCAUUACAAUAGUGUCGUGUGCCUUGCCAAUGUGGCGGGUGACAGCCUUCAUCGGUGCCAACAUCAUCACAGCUCAAACCAUCUGGGAAGGUUUGUGGAUGGACUGUGUCAUGCAGAGCACAGGCCAGAUGCAGUGCAAGAUCUAUGACUCCAUGCUGGCUUUGUCUCAGGAUCUGCAGGCCUCCAGAGCCAUGACCAUCAUCUCCAUUAUACUCGGGAUCCUGGGGGUCAUGAUCUCCAUCGUCGGCGCCAAGUGCACCAACUGCAUCGAAGACGAGGCAUCCAAGGCUAAAGUGAUGAUCAUCUCUGGCAUCUUCUUCCUCCUUGCCGGCCUCCUCAUCCUCAUCCCGGUCUCCUGGACCACAAGUGUCAUCAUCCGUGACUUCUACAGCCCAGUCCUGCUCAACGCGCAGAAGAGGGAGAUGGGAGCCUCGCUGUACAUUGGGUGGGGUGCCGCUGCUCUGCUCCUGAUUGGUGGAGCAAUGCUUUGCAGCAGUUGUCCCCCAAAAGAGAAGAAGUACAAGCCCCCGAGGAUGGCGUAUUCCACCCCGCGCAGCGGCACCGGAACUGCAUAUGAUAGGAAAGACUACGUAUGAACUCCUGCCAAACAUCUGGCAGCUUGAUUUAUGACACCUAGAAAAAAAGUUUGUCGUUUUUUGUAUCAGUAAUAGUGUGUGUAUGUGUGUGUGCGUGUGCUGUUAGUUUGACCUCUCAGGGUGGAUAACCGGGAAAGACUCCGAGAUGAAGGCACAUGUAUACAAACUUGAUCUUUCUGCGUUGCCUGAAAUUUAAAUGCCAGGUGUGUCUUUUGUUUGAUUUGGCUACAAACUCAACAGCCUGCUUUUAGAACGCCCAUAACUUUAUAUCUAUGAAAUAUUUCAACCUCUAUCCCUCGCUGUACAUACUGUACAUACACAAAAGCUAUUGUGGCAUUAUGUGCAUUUAAAAACCUAGUGUGUGUGUGUGUGUGUGUGUGUGUGACUCUAAUGUUUGCUGUUGGCUGUUCGGUGUCAUAUUUCACUGAAACUCACCAUUAAAAUGUUGCAUGUCACAGUGAUGAGGAAGAACUAGCCCUCAUUUAUGUGCGUGUGCGUGAGUGUGUGCGUGUUUGUGUGUGUGCAGAAAAGUUUUUGUCUGAAACUGGAGCUGAGGCCGUGAUAUGGCCCCAGGAAGCAACUUUAUUUUCUGUUAAACAGUUUAGUCAUUCAAGAACACAUAUACUUUACUUGAUGUUUCUUAAAUAAAACGUAUGUUGAUGACAUUGUGUGGCUGCUUUUAAAACCUGUGUUCUGAGCUCAUCCUACUUUUUGUAUUUUUCUCAUUGUAAAAACUGAAAAAAGUUAACCUGCUUUUUGUUGUUUUCUUUUCUCAUUCUAAAAACAAACAAAAAACUUAACUUGGACCAACUCUAAAAAAAUUGCUGUAAUAUUUUAUAAUACCUAAAUUCAUGAAUGUUUUUUUCAAAGUAUAUAUAUAUAUUAAGGUGAAAAAAGUACAAUAAUUUUGAUAAAGUUAAUUGAAGUUUCACUUUUUUCAGUGUAUUUACUUAAUCUAAUUUUGUCAGCCAGCCCUGAAAGCUUGGCUGUUUAAAUGGGAAACAGUAUAUGUAGUUAAUUGUAACAAUUUAUGAUAGUUUGCUUUUCCCAAUUAAACAGUCAAGUUUUGAUGAACCGGUUGACAUAUCAAAAUGAAGUAAAUAUGGUAUUUAAUUUCUUUUCAUUUUUUUCUUUUCUUUUAUUUAUUUUCUUUUAAGAGUCUAUAAAUGAUUUUUAGCCAUGUGUUUUAAAUAUGAUCAUUUGUACAUAGUCUAAACUGUUCACAACAUACACACGUGACAGGGUGAAGUACACAGUAAAGUAACGUGACAACAGGUCUUGUGGGUUUUUUUACAGGAUGUUUGUUUGCCGACAUAGCAGGAUGUCAGCGUGAGCUGUCAACAAGGUCAUUGCACUUCAUUCACCUGCAUUACGUUUUACAAAGAAUACUUUUGUUUUCAGUGUUGCUUGUAAAAUGCUUGUAAAAAACCAGUAUCAUGAUGAUGAAAUAACUGGUUUCUCUGUAAUAAAGUGCUUGACUGUCAAAUGUGGC